ACUCGCCUUUGCUCAUUUGUUUUAAAAAUGAAGACUGUGGAGAAAAGUGUGAGGAGGUAGGAUAACAAAAUAUACCUAAAGAACAGAAAGAAACAUAAUUUUUAAAAGCCACUUUAUUAGUGUAUGAUGGAUUAAACCUGUUGGUCGCGUGCUCUGAGGUGCAUUCCUGUAAGGUGUGUAUGAAUGUAUAUAUACCGGAGUGGUGAGGAUGAGGUCGGCUCUCCUCCUCCUCCUCCCUCUCUCCUCACUCUUCUCCCUCCUCCUGUUCUCCCACAUCCCAAUCAUCUCGGCCUGUAACAAAGCUCUGUGCGCCAGUGACGUGAGCAAGUGCCUCCUACAGGGCCUGUGUCAGUGUCGGCCAUCAGAAGGAAACUGCUCCUGCUGUAAAGAGUGUAUGCUGUGUUUGAGCACACUAUGGGAAGAGUGCUGUGACUGUGUGGGCAUGUGUAACCCGAGGAACUACAGUGAGACCCCACCCACUUCCAAAAGCACAGUCGAGGACCUCCAUGCGCCGAUCCCAUCACUCUUCAGGGCCCUCACUGAUGGAGACACUCCUAUCAACAUGAUGGUGGUGUCAUUCCCCGUGGCUGACGAGCUCUCACACCACGAGAACCUCGUGUCCUUCCUGGAGUCUCUGGAGCAAGAGCAUCAAAAUGUCUCUCUGCCUGGGACAAGCAUCCAUGAUACCUAUGAGAAAGAUAACCUGUGCACGGUGGUGUAUUUUGACGAGUGUGUGUCUAUCCGCCAGUGUAAACAGUAUUGUGAGUCGAUGGGAGCAUCGAAGUACCGCUGGUUCCACAAUGCUUGCUGUGAGUGCAUCGGGCCUGAGUGUGUGGACUACGGCAGCAAAGCGGUCAAAUGCAUGAACUGUCUCUUCUGAGAGUGCUGACACCCAUACACACACGCACACUCUCUCUCUCGCUCUCAUACACACACACACACAUGGGAUUGUGUUUCAGUACCUUAUGGUCUAUUAAUAUCAUAUUCUGUCUUUUAUUGCUGAUCAUGUGUAAUAUGAUUUUAGUUUUCUUUGCAAAACAAUUGGUACGCUACAUCUUUACUGACAUUGUAUGUUAUUAUUAAUUUUCUGUUCUGUUCACAAAUUGCAGUUUUUCUCAAUUGCAAAGACACAUUUCUUGAGCUCUUCACCAACUUUAAACACAAAGCCACAUUCACAAAACUCUUCUAGCAAUAUCAAACAAUGCUUUCAGAUCAUGCACACAGCCCGACAAUAUAUAAACACUACAGAGCAUUCAUUAGACACUGCAUCAAAAAAAUGAAGAACACAGCAACCAGAGCAUGUAGUUACAGAAAACAAAAGGUUAUUGUAUAUAAUACAGGCAUUUUGCAAAUGCAGAUGUUCAGUGUUGUACGGCCCAAGUGUUACAUGAUGGUGGAGAACCCCACGAUUACUUAGUGCUGUGCAAAUGGUGGCAUUUCCACCAUGCUGGCCAAGGACUUCCACAAUGGCACAUAGGCUGAUUAUGUUCCUGCCUCUCCUUCUCCAUUGUUGAUGUCAACAUUCAAUGCGCCUGUGCACUCUGAGCUGUCUUAUAUUUUGUGGUUUGAGCACAUCAUUAGAAACAAGUGUGAACAAUUUUGAGUUCUUGUGUGGUACUGAUGAUGACUGAGUUGUAGUUUUGCUGCUCUUUUUUUUGCAUUACCAAGUGCACCACAGUGCAAAAUGUGUUUUAGUGAGUGAGAAUGUGCUCAGAGUUUUGCAAAAAGGUGUCUAACUCCCUGAACUUGUUUAAGGUUUCGCCAAAAGAGCAAUUGAUUUGACAAAUGGGUUUAGGCUACUGAGCAUUUGGUUCAGAAAAUCAGGUUUAGUGUUUUAGAAAUUGAGAAAACUUGUAAGGUGUGCUUAACCCUUUCCUGUCUGUGCAGUGUGUAUCAUCUAGAGUUAGUCACUAGAUGGCACUCUCUUGCAAAAAGUUCUUUUUUGUUUGAUCACAUAGCUGAGAUGAAGUGUAUAUACCAUUAACCAUUAAUGCAGGAGAAGCAGUGGUUUGAAAUCAUAUAGAAGUAUUGUUAUUUAUAUAUAGUAUCAAUCCUUUGUUCAAAUAAACCUAUGCCACAAGAAGUCUAUACCACAUAGAGUAUAUCUACAUGCUUUCAGAGAGCUGUACAGGUUGCAUUAUGGUUCCCGUAACUGACAUUAUUUAACACAUUAGUUAACAUGAACAAACCAUGAACUUCAGCAUUAAUGCACCUUAACUAACAUUAACAACUUAACUAACGCUUAUAUUCAUCGAUUGAUUAAUAAUAAACCAAAUAAUCCAAAAUAUGAACUAAUGUUCAUACCAUCAGUGAAUAAAAUGAUACCCACCAUGAGCAGUAUGAACAACACCUUAAUGAACAGAUCAGACUAAAUUUCAAGUUUCGAUAUGUACUGUAUACACCUAGAGUUUACAAAGUUCUCAUUGUAGUAAAUAUGCUAUAGCAUAAAUUAGCUAGGUGCUAAUUUAUUUUUAUUCAUGGAUUGACGAGUUGACAUAUUAGCCAAUACCGGUGUAUUUCAUUAACAUUUAAACAAACGUCAGUCUCAGACUAAAUACGUGUGUUCAUACUGCAAUUCUCAAAUCUGAUUGAUCAGAAGGUGUUGAUUAAUUUGCUAUAACAGCAGCUCUGGCAGUCGUUAUAGCUGCAGGACAUAUCACAUGUUUCUAUUAAUGCGCUCGUUCAAAUAUGUUUCCUGUUUCUGCGGUAUAAUAACAACUUGUUCAAACUGACUUGUAUAGCAAAUGCUCCACAUAAGCCAGAUUUUUUUUUUUAAGUGUUGUUAUUUACCAAAGAAAAUGACUGCUAUGGUGAAGCUUUCUUUGAGGAUGAAUUAUGAAACAAGUCUCCAGUGCCAGUGCUUUCAGUAGCAGUCAGUAAGUUGUCCACCAGGAAAGUCUUCAGAUUAUUUAGCACUUUUGACUUAUUAAAGCAUUAAAUGUAACAAUUCAUGGUUAAGCGUACAGCAUAUUGUUCAUUAAAAAUGAAAACAAAAAACUUAAACAUGGAUAUGCUGUUAUUGGAAAACAUAAACCUGUCCUUGAUUAUUUUCCUAAAACAGCAUGCCUGUGAUGUGUUUUAUUCCUAUAUACAUUCUAAACAUUCCUUAUGGUUUAUUAAAGCUGAAUUUCAUCAUUUCUUAACUAAUGCAAUAAAUAUGUUAAUAACCAGGAA